AUGCAAUCCUCCCUUCUAGACCAUUGGAAGUCCUUUUCGAUAGAUAAGUACGAUGGGACCACUGACCCCGAUGAACACGUCGAUAUUUUCCUCACCCAAGUCACACUCAGCACCACCGAUGAUUCUGCCCUAUGUCGUAUCUUCCCAACAUCUCUGAAAGGAAGAGCAUUGAGUUGGUUCACUCGUCUCUCGGCCAACUCAAUAGACUCUUUCAACACCCUCGCAUCCCAGUUCACCAUCCAGUUUGCCACCAGCCGACCCCACCAUUUGACCUCCCUUGCGCUGGUAAGCAUAAGACAAGAAAAGAAGGAAUCCCUUCGGGCUUUCAUGACCCGAUUCAACAAAGCAGCUCUCGAGAUUCGAGACCUCAAUCCGGCCGUUGCCCUCCAUCAUUUGACUACAGCCCUGAAGCCGGGACCGUUUGCUAACAGUAUAUGCAAGAAACCCCCGUCUGACAUGGAUGAUUUGUGGCGCCGCGCCGAUAAAUAUAUGCAGAUGGAAGAACUCACGGAAUUCUGCAAUCAGGCCAGGGCGGAAGUCUCAGCCAAGGCCGAGAAACCAGCCGAAGGCUCUUACCGUAGCCGUCCCAAGGACCUCGUCUCGAGAGAAAAGCCUAUUCGAGGACCAAGGUACUCCCACUACACUCCUCUAAACACCACUCGAUCAGCUGUACUAGACCAAGCACUCGCGUCGGAGGUCCUGGCAGUGCCGAAACGUGCUUCAACUCCCCCACGCGCGGAUACUACCAAGUCUUGCAAAUACCAUCGCAACCGGGGUCACUCAACUGAAGAGUGCGCGGCUCUGAGGGACAAGAUCGAGGACUUAAUCAAACAAGGACAGCUUCAGCGUUUUGUUGAUCGACCUCGUUCCCCCCGACAUGAUGAUCGUCGGCACCGUCGAGAUCAACCCGGGCAAGACAGAUCUGAUAGACGUCCUUAUAGGGAACGAAGUCGGUCGAGAGGCCGAAAGGAAGACGAACCGACGACUCAGCCCUGA